CCCAACCGCCGCCGCCAAUCGUUUCGGCGCCUUCGUGCUCUCCUCCCGAUCCGCCCGCGCUCCUCGCCCUCCUCCUCCGACCCUCUCUCAGAUCAGAAAAUGCCAUUGGGAUUGAUUACGGGGUUAGGGAGGGCAAUGCGGAGGAAACGAACUUCAUCACUAAAUAUAUUAUCUUCAAAAAGAGGGCCUCGAGACUAUUACAAGGGAAAGAACUGCAAGCCCACUGGUUUCCACACUCGUAAAGGUGGGUACGUUGUGAUGGAUGAAAAGUUGCCUCGUUAUGUGGUACCAGAUUUGACUGACUUUAAGCUGAGGCCUUAUGUAUCGCAGUGCUCGCGGGAUGCAUCUGCAACUUCCAACUCAGCAGACUCGGCAGGGUCUGCUAAGACAGCCGAGUAAGAGGCACGCCAUGUCUGCUGCUUGCCGCUGCAGGUUCUGGGGUCGGUUGUAUGAAAUCCUGUCCCCACUGGAAUAUUGCAUGGUAAUGGCAGAAAUUCUUGAAUGGGUGGAACUAAAGUUUGAAGGCUUGCUUUUCUCUGUAGAACUAAUGAAGCUCUUCAGCAUGUUGGAUUAGGCUUGAAGAAAUUUUUCUUGUAGAAUGUUAAAUUGAUAUACUUCAAAUGGCCACAUGAUUGCUUAUUUUUAAGCCCCAAUAACAAUGACAUUGAUUGAUUUAAUCGUCAAUUUUAGCUGGACGUUCCA